AUGCUCUCUCGUUCGACCGCCGCACGCCGACUCCUGCGUUCCGCGCACCGCGCUAUCCCCGCGCUUUCGGGUCUCCCAGCCAUGGCGGCUCUCCAGAUGAACGCCGUGUCGGUCUCUAGCGCGCCGCGCACGGUGCUGGCGAAGGAUGCUUCGUCCAAGGGUGCGUCAACCGCAUCCGCGCCGUCCAUCUCGUGGCGCUCCUUCUCCUCCGGCGCCGCCGGCAACCCCGCUCUUCUUGCCCGCCUCUCCCGCUCGGCCACUCAUGCCACGUCAGCAUCGCAGCGUGCCGCACAGAAGCCUGCCACGUGGAGCCCCGUCCGAUGCAACGCCACGACGACAGAGGCCCCAGCUUCCGAGACCUUCACGUACCAAGCCGAGGUGAAUCGGCUCAUGGAUCUCAUCGUCCACUCUCUCUACAGCCACCGCGAGGUCUUCCUCCGCGAGCUCGUCAGCAAUGCGAGCGACGCGUUGGACAAGCUGCGGUUCCUGUCGGUGACGGACCCGGCGCUCAUGGCGGCGGACUCGGAGCUCGCCAUUCGGAUCAAGGCGGACCCCGCUGCUGGCACCAUCACCAUCACCGAUACGGGCAUCGGCAUGACAAAGGAGGAGCUCAUGGACUCGCUGGGGACCAUCGCCCAGAGUGGCACUGCCAAGUUCGUGCAGGCCAUCAAGGAGAAGCAGGAGAAGGAGGGCGAGGUGGACAGCAACCUGAUUGGGCAGUUCGGAGUGGGCUUCUACUCCGCGUUCCUGGUGGCAGACCGUGUUACAGUGCGCACCAAGAGCGCCAAGGGCGGCAAGCAGUGGGUGUGGGAGGCGGAGGCGGAUCAGAGCACGUACACUGUGCGCGAGGACGCGGACGGGGAGCUGCUUGCGCGUGGCACGUCCAUUCAGCUGCACCUCAAGGACGACCAGAAGGCGGAGUACUCAGACCCAUCACGCCUGGCGAGCCUCGUGAAGAACUACUCGCAGUUCAUUGGGUUCCCCAUCUACAUGUGGCAGGAGCAGACGCGCUCCAAGGAGGAGGAGUAUGAGGAGGCGGCCAAAGAGGAGGGAGAGCCCCCGGUGAAGAAGGCGCGCACGGUGGAGGAGAAGUACCACGACUGGGUGCUGGAGAACGAUACCAAGCCCAUCUGGGUCCGUGCCCCUAAAGAGGUGGAGCAAGGCGAGUACAGCGAGUUCUUCAAGAACACGUUCAAGGAGUUCCUCGACCCGCUGGCCCACGCGCACUUCUCAACGGAGGGCGAGAUUGAGUUCAAGUCGCUGCUCUACGUGCCAGGCAUGGCGCCCUUUGACGCCAACGACAUGUUCUCGGGGAAGACAAGGUACAUCCGCCUCUAUGUGAAGAGGGUUUUCAUCUCCGACCAGUUUGACGGCGAGCUGCUGCCGCGCUACAUGGCGUUCAUCAAGGGAGUGGUCGACUCCAACGACCUCCCUCUCAACGUCUCCCGCGAGAUCCUCCAGGAGUCCCGCAUCGUCCGCAUCAUGCGCAAGCGCCUCGUGCGCAAGGUCUUCGACAUGCUGGACGACGUCGCCGCCCGGAAAGAUGCGGACGGCAAGCCGAGCAGCGACUACACCACCUUCUGGCAGAGCUUCGGGCGAAACGUCAAGCUCGGGUGCAUCGAAGACGCGGGUAACCACAAGCGGCUCGCUCCGCUCCUCCGGUUCUUCUCCUCGGCUUCCGAGGACGAGCUGAUCUCGCUCGAGGAUUACACGGGCAGGAUGAAGGACGGGCAGAAGGAGAUUUACUACAUUGCCGCGGACACGGUCCGCAGCGCGAAAUCCGCGCCGUUUUUGGAGAAGCUGAACCAGAAGGGGCUGGAGGUGCUCUUCCUGGUCGAGCCGAUCGACGAGGUUGCGGUUACCACGUUACAGAGUUACAAGGACCUCAAGUUUGUGGAUAUUUCCAAGGAGGAUUUGGAUUUGGGGGAUGAGGGCGACGAGGCGAGCAAGAGGGAGCAGGAGAAGGAGUUUGCGGGCGUGUGUGACUGGAUGAAGGGCGUGCUGGGAGACAAGGUGGCUAAAGUGCAGGUGUCCCAGCGAAUCGCCUCGUCCCCCUGCGUGCUGGUGGCCGGGAAGUUCGGCUGGUCUGCCAACAUGGAGCGCAUCAUGAAGGCGCAGACGAUGGGAGACCCCCAGCAGGCGGAGUUCAUGAGGGGCAGGAGGAUCCUGGAGAUCAACGCGGACCAUCCGAUCAUCAAGGACCUCAAGGUGCAGAGCAGUGUGGCACCGGAUAGUCCCAAGGCGAGGCAGCUGGUGGAUCUGCUGUAUGAGACUGCCCACAUCGCCUCGGGAUUCCCGCCGGAGAACCCUGCUGAGUUUGGCUCUCGCGUGUACGAGAUGAUGGCUCUUGCUAUUCCUCAAGCUGCUGCCGCCGCCCCUGCCGCUCCAUCCUCGGCGUUAUACCCGGAGUAUUGGGAGGAGCUCCGAGGCAUGGCGGCCGGCAGCUGCGUUCCGUUUGACGAGCUGCUGCUUCUGAACCUUCGCAAGGAGUUUGGCCCCUUCCUGCCCUCCCUCAACGCACCUGCCACGUCAGCACUGCUGCCUGAGUUGGUCUCGCCAGCUAAUACAGGAUCUGGUGGUGGAGUUGGUGGUGCCACGCUGGACAGGGCGCUGCAGUAUGGCAUGGCGUCUGACGACUGCUCUGACGUGUUACUGCUCACGGAUGACGUGGCAGCGGUGGGGCACAACGAGGAUGCGGACUACUCGAUUGUGGACAACACCUUCCUGGUGCACGUGCAUGCCGACAGCGGUGUUGCCUUCACCGCAUACACCUACGCGGGCGAGCUCCCUUCCGUGGCUUUUGGUUUCAACAACGCGCGAAUGGGAAUCUCUAUGGACGCAGUACCCCCAGCGCCCUCAGAAGUGGUGAAGGGAGGGAUAGGACGCAACUUCGUUGCCCGCAGCCUCAUGGAGUCGCGGUCCAUAGAGGAUGCCGUGCAGCGCGUGACUGGCCCAGCGGUGGCAGUGGGGCAUCACUACGUGGUGAUGGAUUUCGCCCACCGUCGAAUCGCGUCCGUUGAAACCGCAUCCAACGGCCGGCAUAGCAUCCUGGAGCUGGGCCCUAACCCCAAGCUCGGAAGCCAGGCUGACCCUAAUGGUGCUGCUGCUUCUGAUCAUGCUGCUUCUAACAGUGCUGCUUCUGCUGACGGUGAUACCGCUGCUGCUGAAGGCACGGAAUAUAUAUUCCAUGCCAACGCAUACACGAGAUUGCGUCUGCAAGAGAAGAUGGGUCCGAGUGCCCAUCGCAGGGAGGCCACUGCCAGGCUCCUGGGCGCACCCACAACCACCCACGACAUGCUAAAGAUCCUAUCCAACUCGGACGACAAAGAGUAUCCCAUUUUCAACGAGGGAAACCCCUUUGAAAUCGGAGGACCGGUCAUCCACACGCUACACAGCACACUCUUCAACCUCGAUGCCGGGAAACUGAGCAUCUUUGGGGGACGCUCCACAGAUGGGAACGUGCUUCACGAGUUUGAUGUCUGA